AAUGUCAUAAUGACAGCUGAGAAGAAUGUGCGAGUCUGAAAAAAGUUAGAAACAUAAGCAGAGCAAGGGAACACACUCGAUUCCCAUUGUGUUGUGAACUUCAAUUAAUUUGGCAGAAGAUUCAUCGUAAAUUAGUAUCUUAACUUGGCAACGUACGCGAAUAAAUUCCAAAAUGAGUGACGACUACCUGAGGAAACCAUUUUCAUUGGCGCCAGCACCAGCCGUCGAUGACCCACAGACCACAGCAUCAACAAACUACACACCGGCAUCGGGCACGUUCAGUAAUACGCCUGUGUCGCCCUACCUUAACUAUGAUUCACGAUUUCUGCAGCAAGCGCAGCCAGAAUUCAUAUUCCCCGAGGGCGCCAAUAAGCAGCGUGGACGAUUUGAGUUGGCCUUCUCGCAGAUUGGCACAUCUGUGAUGAUUGGUGGUGGAAUUGGUGGCUUGGCGGGGAUCUACAAUGGCUUCAAAGUGACAAAUGCACUUAAUCAAACGGGGAAGUUGCGUCGUACCCAAUUAAUCAAUCACAUAAUGAAACAGGGCUCCGGUACGGCAAAUACCUUGGGUACGUUGGCAGUUCUUUAUUCAGCGUGUGGAGUGUUGUUGCAGUACGCUCGUGAUCAGGAUGAUAAUGUAAAUACUGUUUUAGCUGGAACCGCCACAGGUUUUCUGUACAAAUCAACAGCUGGUCUGAGAAAAUGUGCUUUGGGUGGCGCCAUUGGUUUAGGCAUUUCAUCGCUCUACUGCCUAUACCUGCUAGCUCAAGAGAGCAAUAACACAAACUCAAGUUCUAAAUUCCUGUAGAUGGGACGGUCAAACCUUCAGGCUUGAGCUACUACUGUAUGCCGUGACCAACGGCAUUUGAACGCUACGAAGCGUGUACCGUCAUACAUAAAGUUUUGUUUUAUAUAUUAUGUAUACAGAAUAUAUAGAUAUAUAUAUACACAUAUGUAUAUAUUUAGAUUAAUCUGGACACUUUAAGAACUUAUUUUUAGUUAAGCGCUCACUGUUCCAAAAACCUUAUCGGCGGCAACUAAACCAAAUUUUUGUUGCUUACACAAAAUACACGCAAAAACAUAAA